GGGCGUGGCGGCAGUUGCUUGGGCGGGGCCGGUAGCGGCGGGAGCUGCCCUGGCCAAGGGUUCCGGCUGCAUUUCCAUGAGCUCCGCCGGCAGCCGCGGAGCUACGGGAACUGGACUGCGGGCGAGCUGGGCCGCUGUAGUCAACCACGCGCAGCUUCCAGGUUAAUUUGAAUAAGAGAUCUCACCUCUCCUGACCGGCCCAGCUGUACGGUUAACACUCGCAGUAGAGGAACAAGGAAUAUAGGUCAAGAUGAAUGCCAUGCUGGAGACCCCUGAGCUCCCAGCCGUAUUUGAUGGGGUGAAGCUGGCCGCGGUGGCUGCGGUGCUGUAUGUGAUCGUCCGGUGUCUGAAUCUGAAGAGCCCCACUGCUCCGCCUGACCUCUACUUCCAGGACUCAGGGCUCUCGCGCUUCCUGCUCAAGUCCUGUCCUCUUCUGACCAAAGAAUACAUUCCACCCUUGAUCUGGGGGAAAAGUGGACACAUCCAAACAGCCUUGUACGGGAAGAUGGGAAGGGUGAGGUCACCACACCCGUACGGGCACCGGAAGUUCAUCACCAUGUCCGACGGAGCCACAUCGACCUUCGACCUCUUCGAGCCCUUGACUGAGCACUGUGUUGGAGACGACAUCACCAUGGUCAUCUGCCCUGGGAUUGCCAAUCACAGCGAGAAGCAGUACAUCCGCACCUUUGUCGACUAUGCCCAGAAAAGUGGUUAUCGGUGUGCCGUGCUGAACCACCUGGGCGCCUUGCCCAACAUCGAACUGACCUCGCCACGCAUGUUCACCUACGGCUGCACCUGGGAAUUCGGAGCCAUGGUGAACUACAUCAGGAAGACGUAUCCGCUGACCCAGCUGGUCGUCGUGGGCUUCAGCCUGGGUGGUAACAUCGUGUGUAAAUACUUGGGGGAGACUCAAGCCAACCAAGAACAGGUGCUGUGCUGCGUCAGCGUGUGCCAGGGGUACAGCGCGCUGAGGGCCCAGGAGACCUUCAUGCAGUGGGAUCAGUGCCGGCGCUUCUACAACUUCCUCAUGGCCGACAACAUGAAGAAGAUCAUCCUCUCGCACAGGCAAGCACUUUUUGGAGACCAUGUGAAGAAACCGCGGAGCCUGGAGGACACGGACCUGAGCCGCCUCUGCACAGCCACGUCCCUGAUGCAGAUCGACGAUAACGUGAUGAGGAAGUUUCAUGGCUAUAACUCCCUGAAGGAAUAUUACGAGGAAGAGAGCUGCAUGAGGUACCUGCACAGGAUUUACGUGCCUCUCAUGCUGGUUAAUGCAGCUGAUGACCCGUUGGUGCACGAAAGUCUUCUAACCAUUCCAAAGUCUCUUUCAGAGAAGCGGGAGAAUGUCAUGUUCGUGCUGCCUCUGCAUGGGGGCCACCUGGGCUUCUUUGAGGGCUCCGUGCUGUUCCCCGAGCCCCUGACGUGGAUGGAUAAGCUGGUGGUGGAGUACGCCAAUGCCAUCUGCCAGUGGGAACGGAACAAGUUGCAGUGCUCCGACACGGAGCAGGUGGAGGCUGACGUGGAGUGAGGCCUUCCGGACUCCGGCACGCCCCGGCGGCCUCCUCUGGAACCCACGUCCCUCGCCGACUGUUUCAGGUCUCCCAUCUCCCUCAGUGGCCUGGAUCUGACCUCACACCAUGAGCGGGGACCACCCACCAGGUGCACCUGUCUUGGAGUAGGCGGCGGUCCCUGGGAGCUCCAGAGUAUUUUUGUGCUUAUUUACUGGUUUUCUUCCUUGCAUUGUUAGCCACGGUGACAGGCGACAGGAUUCUCACCCGCCUGUUCUGUCUCAGCAUCUGAUUGCUUUUAAGCCAAUUACAUCUAGUUUCCCCAUUACAAAUGUGUCCUAACAGCAGUUUUUGUGAGUCAAAGGCUCUUCCCCGAGAAGAGUGAAGGAUGUGUGUUAUUUUGCAAUGGUUGUAUGUGUCCUUACGCAGACCCUGGCCGAGUCCUAAGCCAAUGCUGAAGAUUCAGCUUGGGAGCCUGAGGACCUGGGCCUCCCGGGCCGGAGGAUGUGGCCUCUUACACAGCAAAGAAAAUUCCCUUGAGUCACAAGCCACGUUUCUCCCGCACUGUCUUCUAAGACAGUUCCCUAAAUUUUGCUGAUAAUGAGAGUUACCAGGGGCUCUUGUUAGAAAUUCAGCCUCCCAGGUCCCUCCCCUGGAGAGGCUGAUUCAGUGGGUCUGGGAAGGGGCCUGGGGAUUUUAGUUUUUGACAAGAGCCCCAGGUAGCUCUCAUCACCAGGCAGAUUGGGGAAAUGCUGUUCUGCAGGGCCUUCAAACUAGAAACAUCUCGGUAGCUCAUUUUAUUGAUAUUCCUACCUGGGGCUGGCUCCUAGCUCCCAGGGGCCUCCAAAGCAGCCAGUCCUGUCCUGUGCAGCUGCCCUCAUGUGUGAUGGGUGUGAUGUGUCCGGAAGGACCUGGGCAUGCCUGGCUGUUGCUCACUGCUUAUGUGACCCUGGAAAAGUCCCUUUGAACCUCAGUUUCUUCACCUGUAAAAUGGGGCACUUGGACCAGGUAGACUGCUAAGAUCACUAAGAUCACCUUCGAACGUCCAAUGACAAACGCGGUUUACUGCAGUUUGGGAGAACGUCCCCCCAGGGGAGCCUGGGGGCUAGGGCUCUCAUCGCCACAGGCAGAUGUCAUCAUUCGCCUUUCUUUUUCCUGUCCCUCGUUUCAUAUAAAAAGGGUUUUUUUUUAAGCACAUGAUUGUAAUUUUAUUUUACUUUUUUAACCCAAGUCUCUCUAAUUCUGACUUUUGAUACCAAACAAUUCAAGAGUCGGAUCUGAGUUUGGAGAAAGAUCUUUCCAACUGAAGGUCGUGUUAUUUCGACACCAGAUUUUUAAUUUAAGCGCCUACAUUUGUAGUCUGUUGGGUAGAUCUUUUCGAUGUGUGUCUUCUCAAAUGAAAAUGUCACUCUCAGUUUCAAGUACUCCUAUUCUCCGGUCCUGUGGUACUUGAACAUCUAAGAACCCUGCACUUUGAAAAAUCAGCAGUUGCUAUCUGGAACUAAACAGAACAAGUGACAUUAUCUGGAUAUUUUUUUAAACAUUUUCCUGCUUCAUCUCCAUUGCUCCAGGACAGACAAGAAUAUCAGUGGUGGGUCCGUGUGGAUGUUGAAGGGGUGAAGGGAGGCACCUGAGGGCCUGGACUCUGACCCUCGUGGCCAUGGGUAGUUUGGCAUUGGUCCAAGAAGCCAUGACAAUAAUCUGUAACCCGAAGAAGUUGUUUUCUGACAACCACCAGAUCAUCUUAACUAGUAACAUCAAAAACAGCCAUUAUCUCAAAAGAUUCAGAUUUCUGUGGUCUCAACUUUGCUGUUAUAAUUUCUCACACCAAAUUCAUCAUUGUGACAUUUCCUGCACGUUGUUAUUUUUCUAUUGUUUCUUUUCCGUGUUCUUUUAGCCCAGACUGGCACUUUAUCAUCUACCCCUCAAUUUGGAAGCUGGUCCCUCUCCUCUGGUACUUUCCCUUCCACCCAACAACCACAGCUCGUAAUCUAGAAGAUUCAUAGUCAGUUCCUACCACUACCCUCAUUUCUCAAGACUGUGUGAAUUAAGGAACACGAAGCAAUAACUUAAUGGGAUCAAAUCACCAUCCCAGGAAGGAAAGGUUCUUUUUCAUUCACCUUUGGUCUCAUAGCUUGAACUAUUCUGACAAAGUUGUGGCCAGGUACCAGCUCUAUUCUGGAGAAAACACAGUCUUCUUGUCACACACGUGGGUGCAGAUGGAGGGAGACCAGAAGGCCCUGGAGCCUGGCCAACGCAGCCGCUCUGGUGGCCCCCUGGACGUGAGGCAGGGCUUGUGGCAUUGCCUUGGUAGCCCCACAACCGGAAUUUACCCUACAGGACUGUGGGGCUGUGUCCCAGCCAAAAUCCUUUCAGUGUGCAACUCUGAGUGGCACUUAGCAUUCCAUUUUGGCUCCCAUGAAAUCAACCAAUGCCCUGUUUUCAGCUUCAGGCUUUUCAGUCACGGAAAUGAGAAUGUGACUGUGCCUGUCUUACAGGAAAAGUCUUGUUUGACCCUGAAUGAGAGCACAGAGGCAUUGAAUCUUUAGAGAAGCAAACCUGCCUCAUAGACAGGGAAGUGGCGUUAUGUAUGUGGGUCAGCUUUUUCCUUCUUCCAGGUUUCCUUGCUUUUCUUCCUAAAGUCAUUCCUUUCCAGUGAUAAUGUGAGUGUUCACUUUCUUGCUGUUAAGGUCCACUUGGGCUACACAAGGCUGAAUUUUCAAAGAGCAUUUGAGUAUUAUAUUUAAAGUCAGAUUAAGGGUAUAUGUUGCACAGACCUAGACAAUUCUAUUGCACAAAUGACACAUUGAAAUCCAAGGAGGGCAGGCACCCACGUCUCUCCCAGUUGUGCUGCAAGCCUCCUAAACAGUUUGAAGACACUGUUGAGUAACUGAACCUGUCAAAUCAGGAUUAUCGGAAAAUGGUAUCGUGUCUCCUUGGUUCAUUUAUGUUAGAAGGCAGUUUCACAGGCUUGCAGAAAACCUCUUGCCUUCCCUGCUAUGAAUUUGCACCAAUGAUUCCAGAAGCGAAUGAAGCAAUUGUCGCUAUAUUCUUUAAAUCUCUCUACCACAUGUUACACUCACUGGGAACGCAACGACAUACCGUAAGAGUGGAAAUACCCUGAAAGGGGAGAGAUCCUUUCUUAACAAGGUGUGGUGGACCCAGGGUCCAGGAGCGCUGGGUUUUCGUCCUAAGUCUCUCUGUUCGUGUCAUAUUGUGAGCAGUCACGUCACCUGUCUGCGCCCCAGCUGCCUCAUCUCUGACCAUCUCUAAGACCACUUCAUCCAUUUAUGCCCCACUUGCCUGAAUGUUCCCACUGGCGUUCCCACCCGUGCAGCUGGAAACAGGUACGUCAAGGCCCAGGCUCAUCUCGAGGGGCCUUGGAGAGGGAGCUUCUGCAGGAUAGGAUGGAUGCCUUUGCUGGUGAGGACCCAGGCUAUCGCCCAAAGCCCUAUGUCUAGAACUGGCUUCUCUUCAGUCUCCAUUGUCAUCUCAGUGUCCUUGGUGUUCUGAGGGUGGUCGUGUGAGCGGAACAGAUGCUGACCCUUGGAACAAGGUGAUUGUCCCCUUCCUUCUGUGUGAUUCAGGCAGAGCAUUGAGACUUCCCAAGGCAGAAGGCCUUCCUGCUCAGGCUUUCAUUCUGAAACUACAGUCUGCGUUAAGGCUGCACUUUCCGGAGAGCUGAGCUUAUAUGCCUGGCAUCUGAAUGAGCGCUCUCAUUGUGACUGUGUGACUUGACAUCCAUUUUGCCAGCUCCAGGGAAACAGUACGUGUGUUCUUGUUUGUGUUUGCCAGGCAAGCAGAUGUCUGAGAUGUGAGAGGCGUUUCUUUUCCUAUGGCAUUGAUUCUGACUUAGAGCUAAAGUAAAGGUCACUGAAACAUCCCACAGAGUUUGAAGAACCCAGGUCUUUGUCCUUUAGGCAGGACAGGAGAGUUACUGACAAGCAUUUUACUGCAGCAUCUGCUCACAUAUCAUCUGGAAUUUUCUUUGCCCAGAAAGCCUUAACUUGCCUCUAGUAUAUCCUCUGGUUAUUAUAACAAUAUUGUCACAUUGGAAUUCAGAAUUUUCUGCUGUGGAAGUUUGAAGCCAGGCCACAGCUGACCCAGAGGAUUUCUUCCUGUGGCCUGAACGCUCCAGUUAUGUUAGGCCCCCCUGCCCUUCAACAAUGCGAGUGAUUCAGCGCAGGCCAGAUGUCUCAUCCUCUGAUGCCUUCUUCCUUCUUGGCCUCACUUUUUUGUUCAGAGCCACUUUGGAUUACUCGGAUGCCUCAAAAGCUGUGAAAAGCAGCCCGCCCUUGGCAUUUAGAGGCCAAGCAGUUGAGGGAGAGGUUUUCCUCUCCCUCUGUUAUCUGAGUAUCACGUCUUCCCCACUGCCCCCACCCCGACCCUGUUCAGACACUAGGAUUGCUAUCGCCAAAUUACAUUUGAAGCCAAGGGAAGAGGAACCGGCCCCCGCUGGCCGUGUGAGCUAGAAUACUUCCUCCAGCCUGUGUCGCUGCCGCCACGGGCUGCAGAUGCCGCCUCCCAGACGUCCUCCCGAUGGGGCCCUUGGAGUCAGGCUGCAGAGUCCAGCCCAUGAGCCAUUCUCAGACUCCCAGACAGUAGGCAGCUGCCCCUUUGGGAAGAGUCAGCACCCCCAUGUUUUCUGAACUGUUUUUCCUAGCAUGUAUCUGGGUAAAGCUUUUAUAUAUCUCAAAGGAAUAAGCUGAAGUUAAUUUCUAACCGAUGAAUUAAGUCCUUUAAUUCAACUUCCUUCAAUUAGUAAUAAAGUCCAUAACCUACCAUUUCCCCCCUCCUGGUCCCCAUUAACCAAGGAAUCUACUGUCGCCAUGAGCUGGGGACGGUCUGCUCCUGGUACCUGGAGGAACACCCUUCAUCUCAGUGGGCAUUCUCUUCCCAGACCCCCACUUGAGCAGCCCCGUCAGUCACCUGGAGUGGUAACUGCUGACGCCGUCCUUCCCCGAGCCAGCCGCUUUCCUCCCGGGCUGCCCGCGUGGGGUGGACCAAGUUCCCGGGAGUAGAAGUGGGAUUUGGUUUGGUCUUCGUUUUGGCCUCUUUGUUUUCCUAAAGUGCAAGUCGACUCCGGUCACCUCCCCACACCGGUCCCAGAUGACCUGGGUCCCUCCACUGCCUCAGGAAGACCUUCACUGUACCUGAGCUUCUGGCUUCGGCCACUGCAGCGGCCUUAGCGACACCAGGGGCGGGGGGAGGGGGUGGGGGCCCGUUCGCAUCUCCCCUUUCCUGGGUAGACUCCAUUCAGCCACGUUCUUCUGUUGGCAGAUCUGCUUCCAGAUUGAUUUUUGAGAACCAUCCCUUUCACAUUCCAAAGUUUUGUUUAUUUCGUCUUGUUUGGAUUUUCUGACACUUCAAAUGCUGCCCUGAAAAUAAUGUAUUUUUGAGUUUGUGUUCUGAAAACCUCUGUGCUGCUGGAUUUUAGGGGUGGUGGUGGUAAAUACUGGGUCCUCCAGCACUGAGGUGUUUAAGAUUUGCAACUAGCAAUGCAACUUUUUCUAAAUAUGAGGAUAUUUACCUUUAUUAAGAAAUUAUACUGAACCAUGGUGUCCUUGACCAUUUUGUGUUCCCAUGUUACUUUUGGUUUUCUUCUGAUUCUGUGUGGUGGUAAAGAUCAUUACAAACAAAAACUGUAAUUUUGUUAUCUUUGAUUCAAGGGGAUUUCUUUACUUAAAAAAAUAAAAGACUAAAAAUGUGG